CUGGUCGCGCGGGGCAGGACGAACUGUUCUGGCGCAAGCAGCACAUGCACUGUUCCAGGUUUAAAUCGGUUAAGAACCUAGUCCAGUUACCAUGAAGAGAUAUACAAAUCCUUUCCUGCCUGCUCUGCCAUUUCUUAGCAGACUUUGGAGAUAACUCCUUCCCAAGGAUAUAGAAUCAAGACGGCGAACGACACCAGCCAUCAACAAAAAGCGGGCAAGAGAAGAGCAGAAAUAAAUGAUCAGGAUUAAUUAAUUAUACGACCGACUUCUUAAGGGCAGGUUAUAGCGACCUAUACAAUACACCACCAUAAUCAUUAAACUGUUUGUAGCUAACACACGUACAACAUUUGACCAUCGCGUGUACAAGAGUUCUUCCUGCAGACUAUUUCUGGAAUUCGAUCGUAAUCAUGGAAACGUACACUGACGUUCUACUUGUCACCGCAAAUGUUGGGUCAUUAUUCGACAAUGUGGGUGAGAUUGAGAGUGACUGGCUUCGAGAAUUAUUUGGGACUGUCCAGAGUCACAAACCACGCUUCAUCGCCCUGCACUUCCAGGAGGUUGGAGGCAAGGACUACAUGGUCAAUAUGGGCCAUGCGGAGAACUUCUUCUGGAACAUUGAGUCCAGUGAGGAGAUGAGGGACUUUGACAGGGUCUGCAUCUAUGUGGACAACCACUUUAAGAACGUGGACAGCUUCACGGCCCUGGGAAGCAUGUACUUCAUCCACAAGUCAUUGAAAAACAUCUACCAAUAUGAUUUUAAUGUUAAGGAUUUUAAAGCAGUGUCUGGACAAAACAAGUAUGUAGGCUCCCUGGACGGGGUAACCACAAUGGAGAAAGAAAAAUUCCCGAAGAAUUUCUGGCCCGAUUUCAAAUGGUCUAGGAAGGGCUUCAUGAGGACCCGGUGGAUCAUUCACAACCAGGGUCUGGACCUAGUCAACGUACACCUUUUCCAUGAUGCCUCCAACCUCAUUGCCUGUAAUGCCAGUCCCUCCAUCUACUCAGCCAACCGCCAGAAGGCCCUCAGAUAUGUCAUCAAUAGGAUAUCAGAGAGCAGCUAUACUCCACUCCCCUUCUUCCUGUUUGGGGAUUUCAACUUCCGCCUGGACACCCUUAGCCUGGUCCAGAACUUGUCCACUUCAGCAGAGGUGCAGACAGUGAAGAAGGACAGCAGUAACGAGGUAGAGAAAAUAAUCUGUGAGGAAAAGGACAAUGACCACAAGAUUCUUCUCCAUAUUGAGACCAAGAUGUUUGCCUACCUGCACCAGGCAGUGUUCAGAGAGGACAACGGCAGAGCGAUUUUGAAAUAUGACAAGGAGAUUGCAGCCUUUCAAGAUGUCAUUGCAGAGGAAGAAAUCCUGUUUCCACCCAGUUACCCCUAUAGUGAAGACUACACUAAACCCACCCAGUACAUGAACACUCGCUGCCCCUCCUGGUGCGACCGUAUCCUUAUGUCUCACACUGCCCAAGACAUCAUCCACAGGAGGGAUGAGGGAGAGAGCAGUGUGGUUUACAACAUACUGGGCCCUAAUGUCUGCAUGGGCGACCACAAACCUGUUUUCUUGUCCUUUGCACUGAAGACAAAUGGCCAUUGACAAGGAUCCCUCUGUGGUAAGAGUAUAUGUGCUAGUGAGUGUGUAGUGUAUGUUCUGUAGGUUUACAGGAUUAUAUCCAGGGGGUCUCUGAAAUAGCGAUCACAGGCCGUAAUCUUGUCCAGCUCCCGGGCCUUAUUCUCCAGAGAGCCAUAGACCAGGCUGGCCCAGUGGAGUGCUGUUGGGAUAUGAACUAAGAUGAAGUGCUUCUGUGGACAAACUGUCUCCUUUGUCCAUAAUGUAGCUGGGCCAUCUAUGUCUAUAGAAUCCUCUCCACUGUCGCUGUGUGUGGCUACACUAAGCCCAAUGUGGGCCCUCUUUUCAUUCAUUACCAGACAGAUCGCCGUCCAGAGAGACAUUCAUUGUGCAGGGCAGUGUAUUGGCAUUUUUACGGCUGUGAUUUUGUUUUGCUGCCAUUUCUAUGACUUUUUCAUAUGAUGGUUUUCUCCUUAAAGAGGAUUCCUCUUCAGAAGGUUCUAACAGUAAUAAAAGCCAUGUAUCGGAAGGACUUAUUGGAAGGGCUUUUCAAUGAGAGGGACAGCAUACCAAAGCAAAUAAUAUGUGAUUCUCUGGUCUGCCAUGGCUAUCCUGGUUCCGUCUAUGAAUCCAGCAGGUUUUCACCAAAUUUUGACUUUUAUCUUAUUUCGUUUUUUAGGAACUCCUUUAGCAAUCCUAUAUCAUUAAUUGACACAUUGAAAGAAUUUAUAGAUGAUUUCUAGAUGUUACUGAAUGUUUUCCUUGUGGAUGGUAAAGAGUUAACUUUUCUCCCAUUAUGUAAGCCAGUGUCUAUCCAACAUUGGUCAUCACCAUCACACACUCCCACUCCGCUAUCCGUACCAGAGGAUAAACAGAGCAGCUCCUACCCAGUCACGGCACCCAGCCUCUCCCUGAAGUGCAUGCAGUCAGUUUCCACCCAACCAAGUCUCUCACAUUCUAUUCUCCUCUCACUUCAAGUUAUUGAUUGCCAUGACUUGGGUGACAUCAUCACAGAUUUGAUCAUCAGCAUUAUGGAUUUUUUUGACAGACAAUUUGCUCUGUCCUGUGCUUGGCCAUACGUCUUGCCAUCCAGACCCCAAAACGUACACCGAGACAGGGUAUUUUCUGGGAGUCCUCUCUUCAGUGAUGGAUCGUUGGAAUAGGAUUGCUGGAUGGAAUAGGACCAACGUAAAGACAAUAGACUAUGUGACUGUGGGACUGCUGAUGUUUAGGCCAUGGUCUUGUCAGGGAGGGACCAGCUCUCUCCCAAUGGGAGGAAUGAGACAUGUGAGGACACACACACACACACACACACACACACACACACACACACACACACACACACACACACACACACACACACACACACACACACACACACACACACACACACACACUGGCACUCUGCCAAGUAAAUGCCCUGACUUCAGCUGGUCAAACGGUUUUAAAGUGUCAAGGGUUUAUAAUUAAGUAUUGACCUUCAUUCCUUCUGACAUUCCUGAAUGGAAGAUGGAUGCAUGCUUUUCAUUUGUAUGUUAGUAGUCUUUUAUUUUACUUAUUUAUUUUCUUACUGUUUUAACUGUUUACUAUCAAUAUAAGCAUGCUAAAAGCAAACAUUCACAAACACAAUAAACAAAAGCUGCUACAGUAUUUCAAUGCACCGUCAGCAUGUUUGUCAGAAUAGAGCAGUAGCGUAAUACACAUUUCUCUGUGCAUUCUUAUAUUGUGCAGUCUUUUGUUGAAAGCAUACAUUUUACCAGUACGUACAUACUAUCCCAGCUCAUCCUUGGAACAGUGAACUCCAACAAAACGCUCCAUUUGCCCCCUAAUGCCACGCUGAGGUCAUUUUUCCUAACCUACAAUUUCAAUGGUGUUGUAAUAACUCAGCUUAAAUCAAUAAAAUGAUGUAAAAGACCAGUGGGGCAGAUUCAGGCUGGGAGCCCAUAAGGUCAGAAUGAAAUGUGGAAAUGCGCCUUCUUUUCCCAUCAGACCUCAGCCUUGGAUUCCCUCAGACUCGAAAGUAUAACAUCUACAUGCUGCUGAAUACUGAUGAUCACAGCUCUGCCUGCCUGCUACCACACUCUGCUGGGUAUACUCUCUGGUGGCUUGUACGUUGACAUAUUAUGGGGUGGGCCUAUGUAAUGUACAAACAUAUGCUUCAACUGUAAGGUUAGUCUACUCUAUCGGACAUCAGAGCAGACAUGGGUGGCUAAAUACUGUUCCACAUUCAGACAAUAUCAGCACAAAAAGACACCAAGCUUGCUAGAUUAGUCACUGAUAGGAGUUGAUUUUGCUGCUCCCUUAUAAGGACAUCACGAUUAUGUAGUCUAUUUUCAUUUCUGAUGCGUAUUGCCGGUGGUACAGUAGGUAGCUACGUUCUUGUUACCACGAAGUGGUUUAUUCCACAAACUAUGACUGGGUCCUUUAAAGUAGCUCCUAAGAGAUUCAUAAAUAUGUUUUCAUUUGUUUUUAGAGAAUUGAAGAGUGUACUAAUAGAGAUUUCUCUUGUUCAGGGGAGCUGACACAAUGUUAUUCUGUUUUUAAUAAUGCAUCCAUUGUUUUACAAGGCAGCAUCUUCUGGACUGUUUCAGUUACUGUGAUCAGUUUGACUGUUUUACUAAACAAUAACUUGUUUACCAUCCCACUCUUUAAUUUGAAUGUGGAUGUGUCUGGAAUGGAUGUUUGAUACCACAGUCACACAUACGCACACACAUGCACACCCACGCACACGUUCACACACGCAAAGUUUAAACAAUUUGAAGCUUGACACCUAUGUAUUAUUUUGGUUUCCGUUAUUUUAUUGAGUAUAUCUCUCUUUCUAUGUUUUAUUUUUAUUUGUGCUGUAGCAACCUCUUCAGAUCUUUGUUCAUUGUCCAUGUUCUGUUUUGUAUGAAAUGGAUGGAUAGUUUGCAUCAUUUUGCUUUAAUAAGAACUAUUUCAAAGACUUCAAAAAAUAUAAUCAUGGAUUUCUUUAUAGUUAAUAGUUGUAUCAGUGAUAUUCAGAAUGCACUUAAAUGAUCAAUGCCUAUUAAUGAAGUUAUUCAAAUGUUGUACUCUUAUUUUGAGGUAGAAAAUGCAUCAUUUGUAAUCGAUCUUCCUCUGUAGUAUGUGUUGAUUGACUGACACUCAAUCUGCUGUGAAGUAAUUAUAGACUGAUAUGACAAGGAUUCAUUAGUUCAAAUGUAUAGAUAGAUUAUCCUUGUAAUCUGUACCCUGUCAAAUGUCCUUAAUUAGUUUACUAUCAAUAAUGUAUGGGUCUGCGUGGAAAGUGCAAGUCCCACUCAAUAAUAUACUUAUACUAGUUGAUUUAUGGUAUUGUCAACAUAUUGUAAUGCCCUCCAGGGAUUGCUCUUGGUUUAGAGUUCAACAUGAGGCCAGUAGUAUUGUUAGAUGGAGUGGACUAAUGUCGUUUGUCAAAUUCUCUGGUCGAACACACAAAAAAAACACUACAUUCUUGUAAUGCUUCCAGUUUUGUAAAUAAAUGUUGACCACUGCAAUUAUA